GUUUAAUGUCCUCAUUUAUCAUAUGAUCCACAUAGUACUAUUUUAUGAGACGUUAUACCUACCAAUACAUGACACGAUUUCAGUCUUCAUUAAAACUCUUCGAUUAGGAGAGCAGUUGCGAACCUUUCUCCCGCCCCCUUUUUCUGGAAGAACACACGGUCUUUUUCUCUCUCUCUCUCUCUAAGAAGGGAAAAAAUGUGACCGCUUUAUUUCGCCGAUUUGCCCAGAUGUGCAGAUCACAAGGACAUAGAAGAGACGACUAAGGAGUGCUUGCUUCUGCUUGCCUCAUACACAGUAAGACGGAACGAAAAACGGAUAUAUAUGCCUGUUUUUUUAUAACACGGUCAUGUGAAGGCUCUCUACGUUACUCUUUUUUUGCGGAAGGUGAGACAUAACCUUCAGAAAUCUCAGCUGACUCGUGGACCGCGCGAAAACGCGAAAUAUCCGUUUUUGUCUCUGUCUCCACUUAAUAUUUAGAAAUUGGCUGUCCAGUUGCGCAGCACUGUUCAAAAUUCCUCCCCUCCGCGUGCAUUCGGCGAGUCCCCAGACCGAGUGUGGUUUGAAGGCAUCAUACAGUGAGUUGGAAGCCGUCAGGAGAAGUUCUAAUUUCAAGAUCUCAUCAUGACAGUCACGAAGGACCAACAGAAUCAAAGAGUCGCCCAGCAGCAACAAGGAGAGGAUCUUGGAGGUGUGAGCCCCCAGCAGCGAAACUGGAAAGGGAUCGCCAUCGCCCUGCUGGUCAUCUUGGUGGUCUGUUCCCUCAUCACCCUGUCCGUCAUCCUCCUCACCCCAGCGGACGCUUCUUUGGGCAACGAUACGAGGCUGACGGUGGAGGAUCUGUUUAAGCCUGACUUCGCUGUGCAUGACCCUGAGGCUCGGUGGAUCAAUGAAUCUGAGGUUGUGUACAGGACCCGGGACGGCCACGUCAUCAGGUUCAACGUCCUCACGAACGAGACUGAAAUCGUGCUGGAAAACAGCACCUUCGUUGAUUACAAUGUAGCAAAAUACUCGGUUUCUCCCGACCUGAAGUAUGUCCUCUUUGCCUAUCACGUGAAACAGGUAUAUCGUCAUUCGUAUACUGCAUGGUACAUGAUUUACAACAUUUAUACAAGGGAGGUAUUGGAGCUGAACCCGCCGGAGGUGCAGAACGCCGUGCUGCAGUAUGCUGAAUGGGGAGUGCAAAGACAGCAGCUGAUAUACAUAUUUGAAAACAACAUCUAUUAUCAAUCGGACGUCAGGGGAAAUUCCCUCCGGCUGACAUCGUCCGGAAAAGAAGGCCUCAUUUACAACGGAAUCGCCGACUGGCUGUACGAAGAGGAGAUCUUGGGAUCCCAUGUCGCACACUGGUGGUCCCCGGACGGAGAGAGGCUGGCCUUCCUCGCCAUAAACGACUCGCUGGUGCCGAACAUGGUCCUCCCUCAGUUCACUGGCGACCAGUAUCCCAGAGCGAAGCGCUAUCCGUACCCCAAGGCAGGCCAGCCCAACCCCGUCGCAAAGCUGUACGUAGUGAACCUGUACGGACCUACCCAUACUCAGGAACUGCCACCACCAGAUAGCCUGAAAGCCCGGGAGUACUACGUGGCGAUGGUGAGGUGGAUCAGCAACACCAAGGCAGCGGUGAGGUGGCUGAACCGGGCCCAGAAUGUGUCCGCGCUCACCGUGUGCGACACCACCAUCGGCGCCUGCAUCAAGAGACACGAGGAGACUUCUGAUCUCUGGUUAACCAAACAGAUCCAGGAACCGGUGUUUUCCAGGGAUGGAACCAAGUUUUUCCUGACCGUCCCAGUCAAACAAGGGGGGCAAGGAGAAUUCCAUCACAUUGCGAUGUUUACUACUCAGUCUAGGGCCGAGCAGAGCGAAGUCCGUCACUUAACAUCGGGGAACUGGGAGGUAACCAAGGUGAUAGCUUAUGAUGAAAGCUAUCGCAGCAUAUAUUUCCUCAGUACAGAGUAUUCUGCUCAAAGGAGACACCUAUUCAGAGUCUCUACCGUCGACCCGUUCCCCCGACGCUGCCUGACGUGCGAGUUGAGCAAGGCGCACUGCUCCUUCUUCGACGCCGACAUCAGCCCCGGCCAUCAGCACGUCAUCCUCCGCUGCGAAGGUCCUGGUGUGCCAACAGUAGCCAUUCUGAGUCUGAAUAACACAAACAACCACAUUAUCCUGGAGAACAACACUAUUCUGAAAGCCUUAUUGAGAAAUAGAAGAAUCCAGCACACAGAAUUCAGAGCUGUUCCCAUCGAACACUUCGAUCUGCCUUUGAGGAUCUCUUACCCUCCUGAUUUCACGGAGGCCCAACAGUAUGGCCUUCUCUUGGUUGUUGACGGUACGCCUGGAAGCCAGUCGGUGAACGACCGGUUCCGGCUGGACUGGGACUCGGUCCUGGUCAGUUCGGGCGGGGUCAUCGUGGCCCGUUUGGACGGCAGAGGGACCGGGUUCCGGGGCCAGCGGGUUCUCUACCAGGUCCACAUGCGGCUGGGGACCGUGGAAGUGCAGGACCACAUCGCAGCGAUAGAGUACAUGUUGAAAUUCCCAUACAUUGAUCGUACACGAAUAGGGAUAUUUGGAAAGGGUUAUGGUGGCUAUAUUACAUUAAGAAUUCUAAAAUCAGCAGAAAGCCUGGUCAAAUGUGCUGUAGCAGUGUCUCCAAUAACAGACUGGAAAUUUUAUGCUUCUGCGUUUUCGGAAAGGUACCUUGGCAUGCCAUCACAGAAUGACAACAAAUACCAGUUGUCCAGCGUGCUUCAGAACAUCCAGGUGCCGCAGGAGCACAGUUUGAUGCUGGUGCAUGGAACUGCUGACGCUAAUGUUCAUUUCCAGCAUUCGGCCGAGCUGAUUAAAAGCUUAAUAAGAGUUGGUGCGAAUUACACAAUUCAGAUCUACCCGGAUGAAGGUCAUUUCCUAUCGCGGAACAGUCGCCAGCAUCUCUCCGCCUCCCUGGUCUCGUUCUUCAGAGAAGGCCUCAAGGAGGACUUCCUGUCGACGGUCGACGAGCCGGAGGAAGAGGAGUGAAGAGCGACGGAGUGGGCCGACCGGCGAGGCUUUAUUAUUUAUUUUCUUAACAACUGCCCCCCUACCCCAGAAGGAUUUUUUUGGAGUGGUUACCAGAGUCACGGAGGAAAAUUGGGGGGUUUUGAAAAAAAAAAAAAAAAAAAAACAGAACAUCAAAACAGGAGCCCCUGGGCGUCCAAUGGGAACACUCACAUAUCAAGAGGGCCCUCAGACAUCAAUUAUCUUGAAGAAGCACAAGAUGGCGUCUCCCUACACACAGGCAAGGGUGACAGUUUGCUUUUUCUUUUUUUUUUCUUUUUUUACACAGUUGUAAGCGCAUGGUUAUUUUCAUUCAGUGCCACCCAUUUACCCAUGUAAAUAUUCGUUGUGGUAGCCAUUCAGAGGAGAAUAAAAUACGCCAUUCUGCUGUAUUGCAUCACCCUCUUUUGUAUCAGUGUGUGCGAUGAAAUGCUCACCUCCCUUUCCGAUGUCAGCAACGCAAAUGUCAACAUUACUGUGACGCCCAUAACUAAGUGCAAUUCUGGUUCAGCCCACUUGUGUUCACCCCUGGGAAAAAAAAUAUGGUAUUUUCUACAAAGCAACAGAGAGUGUAUAUAUAGGUAUAUUUUUGAGAUAUGUCAGGUCUCAUUGUUGUCUAUGGGGGUUGAUUUAUUUGAAAUCAGAUCUGUAUGUUAUUUCUAUUUUGUCUUGUUUUUGUUUUUUUCCUUUGGGAUGAAUUUUGUAAUGCUUGUUCUUGUUGUUUUGAGGGGAGGGGUGGAUUUGGGUUUGGGGAUAAUUGUUAUUGUCUUCUAGUAAUGAUUAUAAAUAAAACAAACAAAAUA